UGGUCGAGUCCCGCUGAAAACUUCAGAGGGGCAAAAGUCCAGCCUGACUGCGAGGGAGACAGGGUGGAAGUUAAUGUGCGAGAGCGUGCUGGGAACUAAAUCACACGUCUUUUUUAUUUUUUUUAUUUAAAGAAAUGCUCCAAAGAUGGCGGUGGUCAUAACGACGGGAGUUUCAGGUGCCUCCGGAGUACCAAAAAGUGGAUUUCUUGAGGUUUCGGUGCGGGAGCGAUGGCACAAAGUUUUGAUCAACUUAAACGAGGAAGCGCUCACGUUAAGCUGCGAGGAGGGCUGCGUUAACGACAACGUGAACGACUGUGUCGACUUCAACGGGGUUACCAACGGAUCCUACCUUGAUAACAAUAACGCCAACUCCAACAACGGCCCCCAAACUGUGCGCACUGCGUUCACGGACCUCCCGGAGCGAGUGCCGGAGGCGAUCGCCAACAGAAAGCGGUGCGUUAAGGUGACCAAGCAGGAGGUCGGAGGACUCGGGAUCAGCAUCAAAGGUGGGAAGGAGAAUAAAAUGCCCAUCCUCAUCAGUAAGAUAUUCAAGGGACUCGCAGCGGACCAGACCCAGGCUCUGUAUGUCGGGGACGCCAUCCUGUCCGUGAACAGCGUGAACCUGCGGGACGCGACCCACGACGAGGCUGUGCAAGCGCUGAAACGGGCCGGGAAAGAGGUGACACUGGAAGUGAAGUACAUGCGUGAGGCCACACCAUAUGUCAAAAAGGGCUCCCCUGUGUCAGAGAUCGGCUGGGAAACCCCACCUCCUGAGUCUCCUCGCCUCGGCAGCCCUACCAUUAUCUCCUCUUCCUCCUCCUUUUCCACUUUUGACCCUCCGAGCUCUCCUACGCAGCCCUCGCUGUCCCUGCAGGGCGACAGGAGGUGCAUACCACUCAAGAUGUGCUGUGUAACCCGAGCCAUGACCACACCAGACCCUGAGAACAGACAACUGGAGCUGCACUCCCCUGACGCCAGGCACACCGUGGUGCUGCGGUGCCCAGACCAACCAUCUGCCCUGUCCUGGUUCUCUGCCAUGCACUCGGUCACAUCCAAACUGGCACAGCGGGCGCUGGCAGAGGUCAUCCAGAGCACAGCCAGGACGGGGGUAGCUGGCAGCAAAGAGAUACGACACCUGGGAUGGCUGGCUGCGAAGACAGAGAGUGAGAAGCAAAGCUGGAAGCCUGUGCUGAUGGUGGUGACAGUAAAAGACCUGCUGCUGUAUGAGAGUCUACCGCGAGGCCCGGAGGCCUGGCAGAGCCCUGCACACACGUACCCACUUUUAGCAACCCGUCUGGUCCACUCUGGCCCCGACCGGGGGUCGCCACAUUCGGGCACAGAGCUGUUCUUUGCCACUCGGACCGGCACACGACUCGGCAUCGAGACUCACCUGUUCCGGGCAGAGACCACCAAGGAUCUGUCUCUGUGGACCAGGCACAUAGUCAACGGGUGUCACGCCUCAGCCGAGAUGAUCAAAGAAGUCACGACGAGUUGUCUAUACCAGAGUCAGGAGUGUCGGCUGGUGAUUCACUACGAACAGGGCUUCUCUGUGCUGGCUGACCCCAAACUGGGAGACGGGGAAAAUGUGGAGGAGAGAGGAGCUCACACAGCGACCAGGCCGCGGGUGCUCCUGUCCUACCCCUACGAAAAGCUAAAGAUGUCCUCGGAUGACGGCGUGCGCAUGCUCUUCCUUGACUUUGGAGGAAAGGAGGGGGAGAUUCAACUGGACCUCCACUCGUGUCCGAAGCCGAUCGUCUUCAUCCUCCACUCCUUCCUCUCUGCUAAGAUCUACCGUCUGGGUCUGGUGGCCUGACCUCUCAAAAGAGACAUUUGCUCUCUUUUGAAAACAGAAAUCCACCUCGUUUCUCCAUCUCUCUGCAGCCCGCAUGCAGCCGUACACCACGUCAAACUCCAUCAGUCAGGUACCCAAGCUGAGUUGAAUGUAGCCUCUAUCUGGAAAUGGACCUCAGACUCCAAGAUAUUGAAACACUGGAGAAACCAACCCAGGUAGGUUUGAGUCUAACAGACUGUUUUUGGGAUAAACCCUCCCCUUUACGGGCUGCAUGGACUGAAGGGUUGACUGAAGAACCGCAGAAGAAAACCUGGACUGGACUACAAGGAGAGGGAUGAUAUAUACAGACAGAUUGGUUAUUACUGUCAUGUCCGGGAUUAGAAGGACUGGACCCGAUUGAGAUGAAUUCACUUUUAAUUCAAUCAAAAUGUAAUAGCAAACUGCCUUUCAUGUACCAAUUAUAUCAUUUAUUCACCAUUAGCUCAGAAGGGACGUUCUGAAUUUCACUCAUCAUUUUUCUUCGCCGAACACUUGACACACUGUGGAAAAAAAAAACAUAAUGCAUUUGUCUUUGUUAGCGUCCCCUGAAUCGGAUUGUUAGCGGCGUCAUCAAUCAUCAUUGAGACUGGCCGGCACAAUCGCCUGCACGGUCUCCACCAAUGUGACGGGCCGACUCAAAUUCAAAAUGUCCCCGUCCCCUUUUGCAUACUGGGGCUACAUCCGGUAGUUAAAGUAUUUUAGUUAUAGAAAAAAAAAGCCUCAGCUCUAUUUUAACAUGAAUUAUAACAUACACAAGCAUUCUAUGUAUUCUUUAUCACUCAUAAAGAGCGUAGUAGCUUGCUAAGUUAUGGCGACACGUGCAACUUCAGUUUCAUAUGUUAUACAUUACAUAUGCACAGCAGUUUAUGAUGAGGAUUAAAGAUGCAUAUGUUUAAUUUAUCCCUAAUAGUUCCACAACCAAACAAUGAGGUAAUGUGAAGGUAAACACAUUUGGACCAGAUACUUUAAUGCAAUAGUUUGAUAUUUUAGGGAAAUAUGCUUUUUCACUUUCUCACUGAGAGUUUGAUAGCUUUGUUUUAUGACUGGCAACAGUGGGAAACAGAGAGAUAGAUAAGCUAUUUAAUCAGAGAAGGUUAGAGGUGCUAGUAGGUUGAUUUUGUUACUGUACCAUAGCUGUUUCCUGUAUGAAGAGCUAUCCCGCUACUGGUUAUGGCCUUAUAUUUAAUGAACAGAUAUGAGAGGGAUAUUUAUCUUCUGAUCUAUUUCCCAAAAUGUUGAACUAUUCCUCAAAGGGUGUGCAGUCUCACUCCUUCCUCUUUUAUUUCAGAGUGGAUUGAGAACUGUUCAUGAUUAAUAGCCUGAUUAAUGAACCAGAAAUAUGUGAUCUCUGAGGAAUGGGUCCUCUUUGCCUGGUUAACUGACAAAAUCCAUCUUUCAUGAGUACUUCUAAUAUUCAGAUUUUUGAAGACUGAAACUCAAUCCAACGGUGCCACAAUUUCCCCAUCAAGUAUUAUUUGUCUUCAAUUAUAGAUAGGAGUCUUCAGUGCUGCUUAUGUUCUGGAGCAGCCAGUGCAGGAUGCAUGUUAUGCAGCAGAUCAAAUCUAUACGCUGCACUGUCUCUGACAUCGCCGGCUGCUGGGUCUUUCCUCGUGCCUUGAGAUGACGAAGAGGAAGACAUUUUAAAAUGUAAAAGAAAGUAAUCAUACAGUAGAGAUCACAGGAUGUAGCAACAGUGUGACUUCUAUUAUGGCUAUACCUUUCUCCUGGUUAUGAGCACAGAAAUGCUCAACUGGCAGAUAUAUUGUGUUUGCUCUCUUGUUCAUAUCAAACACACAUUUCCAAUGUACACACACUCGCACUGUGAACAAUGAUUUACACAUUUGUAAUCCCACCACUCCCUAGAAUGCACUGAUACUGAAAUCAUUGUACGACUUGUGUUCAGCCAAAAAGCCAGCACUUACUCAUAACCUCAAGUGAAGAGAAGCUCUUUGAGCGAAGGUUGCUUUGAUAUGUAGAAUACUCUGAUGCCUUUUGGCAGCUACUGUACUGUCACUCAGAACGACAAACCUAGUUUUGAACUCAAACGGUGCACAUAAAUCAUCUAUUUAACAAAAGCCACAUGAUGAGUUAUUUUUUAUUGUCUUCACUUGUUGUUUAUUCAUUUCUCAACAGCGAAUGCAAAUCAAGAGAAGAAACCUGGAAAAUGUUGCCAUUUCCCUAUUUUUAAAGUGCAUUAAAAUGUAAAUUUCUUUGAC